GAACAAAAACGCAUUUCAGAGCUUUGAAAGGGUUAAUACCUAAAGCUUAUAUCCCAGGAAGCAAAGAGCUAAAGAUCCCCAGAGCUGCAGCUGCCAUAUAAGGUAGCAAUUCUUAUAGAGGUGACCAAAAGACUUUCCAUUCCGGCGAUUUCAUUAUUUAGAAUGGCGUUAAUGUCCCGAACUACAUUGCAGUUAGCUGGAAUUUUAUUGUGUUUGUUGGGGUGGGUGCUAUCCUGCCUCACGACCUAUCUACCUCUGUGGAAGAGUCUCAACUUGGAACUGAAUGAGCUGGAGAUCUGGACAAUGGGACUCUGGCAAGCCUGUGUCUUCCAAGAAGAAGGUGGAAUGCAGUGCAAGGAAUUUGACUCUUUUUUGGCUUUACCCCCCGAGCUCAAAAUUUCUAGGAUUCUGAUGUUUACUUCCGACGGAUUAGGACUUUCAGGCCUUUUGCUCUCAGGUCUCGGACUGGACUGCCUGAAGAUUGGUGAACAGCAACAGCGUUUGAAGAGGAGGUUCCUGUUCUUGGGAGGAAUCAUCUUCUGGGUAUCAGGAGUCACAGCCAUAGUCCCAGUCUCUUGGGUUGCUCACACAACAGUGCAGGAGUUUUGGGAUGAAAGCAUUCCUGACAUCGUGCCCAGGUGGGACUUUGGGGAAGCGCUCUUUGUAGGCUGGUUUGCUGGGUUCUGUCUCGUCUUAGGAGGCUCGCUCUUAAUUUGUGCCGUUUGUUCCACUGACACUCAAUCAUCGUUGGUCCAUUAUACAGCGCCAGAAGUGCGAGUGCCCUGUCAACGCUUGGAAAGAGACAACAGACCCAAAAGCUUACGCAUCUAAGUGAGAUAGAAGGGCUUCUUUUUCAGACACUUAAAAACACCAGCCAGAGCCUUGUUCCAAUUAAGAUUCAAAGGACUCUUUGUUCCCUGGCCGAUUCAUUACACGUAGUUUUUUAAAAACUUUCUUCCUGUGCUGUUUAUUUGAAGAGCAGUGUUUAACCCUCCUUUAUUACAAAGCUGAGAAUGCUGGCUUCACAACAGGAGAUUCAAAUGACCGACUGUAGAAAAUAGCCACUAUCCAGUUCUGCCUACUUCAGCAAAAAUGCACAAACAAAACAAAACCAAAGUUCAUGUAAGACAUCAGAAAAAUGGAAUAUGAGUCCUCAUAUUACACACCAAUAAUUCUAGUAACUGAUUUCCACGGCCACUGUACUUCUGCAAGUCCAAAGGUAUGGGGAACAUUGUGGUUUUAGGUUUCUGUGACAAAAAAAGUUUCAUGCAAAUAGACAAGUCAUCUUUAAAAUUUGAGACAUGAAUUAUCUUGCAGUACUGGCAUUUUGAAGAUUUCAGUGCUAUCACCUAUGGAAGAACUAGUAAAAUCAUCUUAACGUAUGAAAAAUGGCAACUUGUUUUUUUUCUCUCCAUCUGGAUUACUUUAGUUUCUGCAUCUUAAAAAUCUAAGAUCGUGGCCAAACAAUCCUAUGAAAUUCAUGUUAAACAUUGCUGAUGUAAAGAAUCAGUGCUUUUCUUAUAUGUGAAUAUUAGAGUUUUUAGCAUGCAUGAUCACAACAUGCAUCCUAAAAUCUGGGAAAUACUGCAUUUGUGUUAAGUUAUGAAGGUAGUCCCCUUGUUUGUUUACAGCUAGACGAAUCUGAAUUACCCAUGUGCUCCAUGGAAAUGCAAUUUAUUAUUACUUAAUUUAAAUAGCCUCAUAUUGCCCAAUUUAGUUGUUCAAUUACACUCUACGGUUGUAAUCCUAUGUCCACUUACUGAGCUCAUUGAAUUCAAGGAGACCUACUUUUGCAGAAAUAUGUGUUGUACUACAUUUUAAAAAGUUAUGCAUGUAUGGGAUUAAAUACUGUUAUCUAUACAUAGAUAAACAUUAAUGUUUGUGCUUUAACUUCUGUGGAAAAUGGACUAUUUAUGAACAAAGGCUUGUCAUUUUUUUUUUGUUUGCAAAGUAUUUCUAAAGGGAACCAACAAAUAAAUAAUAGACUCAUUUUAUUUGGCAAAACAAAGUUGAAAAUCAAUAUAAUAUACUGUAAGUAUCUGUUUACAGGCAGUUGUACUAAUAAUCCCAUAUUCACUCCUAACAAAAUCUCUACAUGUAAUGAGUUUUUAAUUUAAUGCUAAUGCUUUUACACUUCUGCCUGUGUAGCUGAUGAACCUUUUCUAGUAUUUUGCCAGGAAAUUAUAGCUAUGGGGUUUAAUAUGCUGCAAAGCUGAAAUAGCCUAAAUUCCCACGGAAAGGCAUGUAUGUGUUCAAAUAGGGAAUGGAAGGUGAGUUCCUUAAGAAUUUAGAUCUUUUUUGUUUUUCUUGGCCUCAAGAAUUGAACAUUCUUUUAAAAUCUAAAGAAUUUUAUCAUCUGCGACACAUGAAUAAUUGCAUAAAGGUGGGGCAACAAAACAACAUCUUUUACCAUUUCCUAAAGUAUAUUAUGUUAUAGAUAUUUGUAACAAGGCUACCCAAAGAUUUCUGCCAGAUGUAAGUGUAAGAACACACAAUUUUUUGGUUACUUUAGUACGUUCCUGCUUUACUGUUCAGUCUGUUCCUCUUAAGUUUAUUUAAUGUAAUGCUUCAAUCUGUUAGUAUCUUGCAUUUAUGCCAUUGAAACUCACAGUGCAGCCACAGAUGAAUAUUUUAAGGAGGACAAAGUCAUAUCGACAUACGAAAACUUCAAAAGUGUGUACUAUUUGAUGAAACAUUUUAAUACUGAAGUAUUUACUGCUAAAUAUAAAAAGUGUAAAAUUUGAGAGUAAAUUAAUCCCAAAUGCAAAUAAGUCCAUGCAGAUCUAUUGUGGUAUCUAGACGUCUGUGAUCACUUGAUUUGUGAAAAUAGCAGUUCAAAGAUAUUAUUGACUGUUUCAAAAGACCUCCAUUAAUUGUUUAUGUUGGAAAAGUGGCUGAACUGCUUCCAGGAACUUAAGACUUGAAUGCAAUCAUCUUCACAUUCAGAGAAAUGAGAAGGACGAGGAAUAUUAUUCACAUUCAUCCCUUUCAAGACUAGUUCUAAAUUUCUCUGUUUAAUUAUGCACUUAGGAAAAUGGUAUGACUACAAUAUUCCUGGAUUUUAGAAUCACACAAGGCACUCCUUGAGACUACAAUCCAGUUUUAAGUUGUGAUGAUCAGAAAGUAUUGUUCUCACACAUUCAUGUAGCCGUAUAUCCAUCUAUGUGUAUGUAUGUACCUUCAAUGAAGAAUUAAUUGUUAUUAAUAAUAUUGUGUUGUCAAUGGCUUUCAUGGCUGGAAUCACUGGGUUGCUGUGAAAUUUCCUGGCUGUAUCGCCAUGUUCCAGAAGCAUUCUCUCCUUCUGGAACACGGCCAUACAGUCCGGAAAACUCACAGCAACCCAUUAAUAAUAUUGAUUAAGCGUCCACCGAUAUCACAGCAUAAAUCUUAAUAAAAUUGGUCAACCUUUUCAAUGUGCGAAACUUACUGUGAACAAGCCACAUCGACUUCUGUGAAAAACAGAACACUCAUAAGCAAGGAAGAUUUGUUAAAAAAAAAACUGUAUUUUUUUCCAAAUCACUGAAACAAAUGAAAAGUGCAGAGAUGAAAGUUGAUCUAGGUGAUGUACAUGUGUACAUUAACAAGACAGUAUUAGGAUAGAAAGACAUUUGUAAUAUAACCUGAUUAAAUAUUUAGUUCAGUCCUGAGCAUUUUAUACUUAAAAUGUAAAAAUUAGAUAAAAAGCAUUGAUUUGAUUUUCAGCCUAUAAACAGUUUACUAUACUUUGUUCAUUUGGCUAAAUAAUAAUAUUGUCUUGUACCUGUAAUACUUAGGAUUUGAUAUACAGAACUGUACUAACAUACUGAUAGAGAAAAUAUGAGGAUUAUUACAUUUAUACUUUUUGUUCAAUCUUGUGAAGGCUAAAACCAAUGAUAAAUGUUAUAUCUGUAUGCAUGAAACUUGACUGUCAUUUGCCCAUAUUUGCAUUUUCCAAGGAUGCUGCAUCACCGUUGUAUAAUAAACACAAAUAAACUGGAUGAAUAGGA